CUAGAAUUGGUGUUUUCGAGUGGGAUGUCGAAGAGUUUUGUGUGCGUCGAAGACAGAUGGAUUCUUAGCAACGGUUGUUGCUGACAGAGUGAUAUCUAGAUAGGUGCGUAGGUAAAACUGGAAUUCCUUGAGUCCGUGAGGAGAAAGAUAACCGACUCAACGGUUACGACAACGAAGGCUACCAUCUUGAUCAGCAAGCAGAAGAGGAAGAAGAAUCUGGGAACGAUGAUGAUCGCCUUCGAGUCGUGGUCACCGAAAACAGCCACAGACCGAGGGAUGACUCGCCUUUACCUAACGGCCACGCUCAUGAAGAGACCAACGGGCACAUGAAUGUAAACGGCACAGCAGUGAUUGUUUUAGACGAAGAGGAAAACGACGUUAAGAAAUCAAACAUGGAAGAACGGGAACAUCGACUCAAAACGGACUCUAUUCAAAAACCACUCGACACGCGGUUGCAUCAUUACGUUCCCGUAGAUGACAUCGAUAGGAAAGUAGUAAAUGGCUCCGAUGGUACUCAUAUCACUAUCCCUGAGGAUGCUGUCAUUAGUUUCACUACUGGUAGAGUGCGCGUAAAAAAAAGUGCCUCCAAUAGUCCGCAGUCAGUGGGGGAUCGAGAGAGUAUUCCUCUGGCAACUAUGCCACCGUCUUAUACUGAAGAAAAAACAGGACUUGGUGAAAAAGCUGAAUUAGAAGCAGAACUAGCCAAUCACAAAAAUGGCGUAUGGUCUGAAGGACAUAAUUAUGGGUCUGCAGAAGGACCCUUUAGCAAUAGCGAAAAACUCAACGGUACUUCAAAGUCCAGCGACGAGGUGAGCCUGCCUGUCAAUAAUCACCGGAAGUGCCUGAGCCGCGAAGCGUCCGAUAGUAGUUGUUCAGAGCAGAAGUCCACGGGCGAAAAACUCUACUUCACAGAAGACAAUAGGAAAUUAUGUCCUGGCUGGCGACGAAUCCUCAUUUGCGGAUUGAUUUUGAUCAUAAUAGCUGUCGCACUCUUGUUAGGUGUUCUAGCUGCAACUGGUAUUCUAUUAGCAGAGUCAGAAAACAAAAAUACUAGAUAUGAAUCUGGUCAGUCAUUACCAAGUGUUGACUCACUAUCCCUUGCCGGUCACUCUUUUAGGCCUCGACCCCCACCCAAAGUGCCAGAAAAAUUCUUGCCUCCUGUCACAGUGGAUGCACAGAUUCCUCCAAAUGUGACACCUGAGGCUAAUGAUGAGGUGAAUGACACAGUCAGUCAAACACCUGCAACAGUCAGUUCAAAAGUUCCUGCAAUGAAUGAUACUUCACAUUCGCAAACUAUUGUGCCAAAUGCCUUAAUAGGAGAAUUUACGAUAAUUAAUGAAAAUUUUACUGAAGAUUUGAGAGAUAAUCGUUCUCAAGGUUACAUGAACUUAGCUGGACAUUUGAAAGCAGAACUUCGUAGGAUUUUUAAGAAAAGUAAUGCUGUAUUCGAAUCUCUAAAAAUACUAAAUUUCAGUCCUGGAAGUCUGAAGGUAAAAUUUCUGGUAAUCUGGCAAUCAGAUUCUGGGUUUAUCUUAGCUAAUCAAGCAUCAGAAAUACUAUCAUCUGAUUUAAUAGAAAAGAAUAAUUCUUUUGGUGGCUUUUUUGUAGUUGACAUUGGAAGCAUUCAUUUCACAGAUGUAUUUGAUGAAUGUCGAAUUCAGAAGGGGGGUUGUUCUUUCUUCUGUAUAUGGAACUAUAAUACUCUGACUAAAACCUGCACUUGUCCUGGUGGUAUGGUUUUGCUCCCUGAUAAACGAUCUUGUGCUCAAAGGGAUUUAGUUAUUCCUGUUACAAGUACUGCAAGAACUUCGACAUUUUCACCUGCAGCUAUUACAUCCACAUUGACAAACAAAAUGAGAACAGAAUCUGAACCAUCUAAUUUAGGAAUAACUGCUGUUUCAUCAGUCCAGGAUGUUCUUACUACUGAAGAAGUCCCUACCACAGUAAAGAAUGAUAAUCCUUUUACAAUGACUAAUUUCACAGACGUACAUACAGAAAAACCAUUAGAAUAUACUACAACAGAAAUAUCUACUACUUCUUUAGAUACUUCUGUUGAAACUACAUAUAAUAAAAUGUUUACUACUUUAGAACCUUUAAAAACCACUAAUGUUAACAGAGAAACAUCGCAUGAAGGGGCUUUUAGUAAAUUUAUACCAUUGACAACUCAAGCUACUUCAUUUCCUUCUGUCAAAGAUACUGGAAUUUCUGAAGAAUUAAUAACUCCAAUGUUCCUCACAACUGAAUAUACUGAAACACCUAAAGAAUUAACUACACCUGGAACAACAGUAAUGACGAAUACAGAAAUUCUGGAUCAGCUAGGGAAAGAAGAAGAAAAUAAUAAGCAAGAUGAAUUUUCAACUACUGUAGUUGAAGAUAGCCCGAAAUUGGUAGCAGAACAAACUACAGCUGUCACCUUUCCAGAAAGUACAACUAACAAGAAAACUCCGAAGGUAACUACAGAAGAAGUUGCAACCUCAACCAUGGAAAGAGUAACAUCAUCUGCUUCUGAAGAUGAAUUUGGUACCAUGUCAAUAGGAUUUCAUAUCACUGGACCAACAACCGAAAUUUAUACCCUUAAAGAAAAUACUGAUUAUAUCACAGAUUAUAGUUCCAGAGGUCAUCAAACUUCUAGCACUACUGUAAAUAGUCAAGACUCUGCAACUGAACAAACAUCUACUUUACCAACAAAUAAAUAUAUAAUAAAUGGGAAUGAAGAUAAUUUUUAUGUAACAACAGUGUUGUCAUCAGAUAGUACAGUAACUUCUGCUAUUUCUACAGACAAUGAUGGAACUGAAAACUUUAAGCAAAAUCAUUCUACUUUAAAUCCUUUGAAAGAAUAAACUAUUCUGGCAUUUCUACUGAGGAAACAA